AUGGAAGAAAUACCUCAAAAGAAACAGGCCAGCAAUGAUGGCUGCCAUCGAUCAGGAUAUUCGGAAGAGGAGGAGGAGCAGGUGGUGAGGAAAAUCGACCGGUUCAUUUUGCCGAUCUUGUGUUCGGUUUUCUUCUUCCAAUAUCUAGACAAGCAUGGCUUGAAUUAUGUCUCGGUGUUUGGCCUCAUCGACGAUCUCUCUUUGCAGGGCUCCGAAUACUCCUGGUGCUCCUCUAUUCUAUUCCUUGGACAGCUGGUGUCGGAGUAUCCGUUAAUUUACCUGAUGAGUCGCUUGCCCUUGACACGAGUGGUUGGCGUCACCAUUAUUCUCUGGGGAGCAGUGUCGAUGUGCCUGGCCGCCACCCAGGAUUUUGCUGGCUUUGCCGCUCUGCGGUUUCUCCUCGGCUUGAGUGAAGGAGCCGUCGGUCCAGCUUUCGUGACUUUGACCAGUGUCUGGUACCGAAAGAAAGAACAUGCUCUGCGCGUUGGAGUUUGGGUUACGAUGGGUGGACUGGCUCAGGUGCUUGGCUGUCUACUUAUGUACGGAAUCGGACGAUCAUCAACGCCCGGAAGCCUCGCGCCCUGGAGGACUCUGUUCCUCAUCUGCGGAGCCUUGACAUGCGGCUUUGGGGUAAUCUUCAUCUUCGUCGUUCCUGUUUCGCCAGAGAAAGCAUGGUUUCUCUCUCCGCGCGAAGUGGAGGUUCUCGAAGCAAGGAUGGCCCUGGAUCGGGACGCUGGCGAUCUCACUCAGUUUUCGGGCGCACAAGUUAAGGAGACGCUGAGAGAUAUCCGAGCGUGGUCUAUGUUCAUCUUCGGGGUGUUGGUGACUAUGCAAUCCCCAGUGCUCACAUUCGCCUCCCUUAUCAUCAAGAAUCUGAACUACACUAGUCUCCAGACUAUGUUGUACACAGCACCCUCGGGAGCGGUGCAGAUCCUGGCGAUUUGGGCCAGUCUCGCGGGAUGCUACCUACUUCCCAAUAACCGAUGCUUGGUGGUGAUGGUGAUGACCAUCCCUCCCCUGGUCGGAAACAUUCUCCUCCUCAAAUUGCCACUCACUGCUGGAUGGGCCUUAAUUGUCGCAUCCUGGUUGGCUUCAUGUCAGCCUAAUAUCAUAGCUGUGGUGCUGAGCCUCAGCGCCUCAAACGUCAAAGGGAACACCAAGCGUUCCAUGGUCAAUGCCUUAUUUUUCAUAGGAUCCUCGAUCGGAAGCAUCGCAGCUCCUCAGCUUUGGAAACCCAAAGCCGCACCGAGGUUCUUUGAGGGUGUGGUGACGGGAAUUGUCACCUGGGGCCUGCUCAUCGGGGCACUGAGUCUGUACUGGCACAUCUGCCGGUCGGAAAAUCGUCAACGAGAUCAAACCCAGAUUCCUUCACCCGGGUUCACCUACCACACUGGUGAAGAUGUCACCGAUAUCCAAGAUCCUCAGUUCCGAUAUAGUUACUAAGGGAUCGUUCACCACCUGUGCGACCGAGGUGGAAACCUCGAGGAUUCGAACUAUGUUUCGCUACUUAUGCCUCACCAUUCGACCAGUCCUCCCCAGAUCUAGAUGCUCUAAUGUGGCUUACGGCACUUAGAUAUGGGCGGCAAUCACUGCGGUCGUAGGUAUGCUCCGCGCGCAGUGGGAGGCCGGGCAUAAUACCAGGCCCAAGGAAAGGACACGAG